GGCGGGCGGGCGAGGGCGGGGGAGGGCGGGCGAGAGGGCGGGGCCGGCGCAGAGGGGCGGGGUCAGCGCUGAGGCCGCGGGGGCAGCGACGGCGCCGGGCAGCGGAGCUGCGGCCACGCCAUGUGGCUGCUGGGGCCGCUGUGCCUGCUGCUGAGCAGCGCCGCGGAGAGCCAGCUGCUCCCUGGGAACAAUGUCACCAAUGAGUGCAACAUUCCAGGCAACUUCAUGUGUAGCAAUGGGCGUUGCAUCCCGGGUGCGUGGCAGUGCGACGGGCUGCCUGACUGCUUUGACAAGAGUGACGAGAAGGAGUGCCCCAAAGCUAAAUCAAAAUGUGGCCCGACGUUCUUCCCCUGCGCCAGCGGCAUCCACUGCAUCAUCGGCCGCUUCCGCUGCAACGGCUUUGAGGACUGUCCCGACGGCAGCGACGAAGAGAACUGCACAGCCAACCCCCUGCUCUGUUCCACCGCCCGCUACCACUGCAGGAAUGGCCUCUGCAUUGACAAGAGUUUCAUUUGCGACGGGCAGAACAACUGUCAAGACAACAGCGACGAGGAAAGCUGUGAAAGUUCUCAAGAACCAGGCAGCGGGCAGGUGUUUGUGACCUCGGAGAACCAGCUUGUAUACUAUCCCAGCAUCACCUACGCCAUCAUCGGCAGCUCUGUCAUCUUUGUGCUGGUGGUGGCCCUGCUGGCACUGGUCUUGCACCACCAGCGGAAGCGGAACAACCUCAUGACACUGCCUGUGCACCGGCUGCAGCAUCCUGUGCUGCUGUCCCGCCUGGUGGUCCUGGAUCAUCCCCACCACUGCAAUGUCACCUACAAUGUCAACAAUGGUGUCCAGUAUGUGGCCAGUCAGGCAGAGCAGAGCGCCUCGGAAGUAGGCUCCCCGCCCUCCUACUCAGAGGCCCUGCUGGACCAAAGACCUGCGUGGUACGACCUUCCUCCACCGCCUUACUCUUCUGACACGGAGUCUCUGAACCAAGCCGACCUGCCCCCUUACCGCUCUCGGUCGGGGAGUGCCAACAGUGCCAGCUCCCAGGCAGCCAGCAGCCUCCUGAGCGUGGAAGACACCGGCCAUAGCCCAGGGCAGCCUGGCCCUCCAGAGGGCACCACCGAACCCAGGGACUCUGUGCCCACCCAGGGCACUGAAGAAGUAUAAAAUUCAGCUAUUCCAAAGUCCAUGUGGGUUAAUCUGCUCCAACUUGUUCCAUUCUAACAACUUGUGCUUGUGGGAAACUCUUUGAACUCCUUUAAGAGUGUCUCGAGUUGAGGUUUGGGAUGUCA